CCUCUUCUUUGCCCGGAGUGGUUUGUUCCAAGGAGUACAGAUAAAUAGUCUUGUCAAAAGGCGCAGCUCACCGCGGUGCGAGCGGAAUCUGGACUUGGGCGCCAACUCCUGGUCCAGGCUCCCCGGGGUCAGCGGCUGGGCGCACUAGCUCUCACCGCCCACCUCGCUUCCGCACCCGGCGCUUCCCGGCCUGGGUCUUUAGUCUUCCUCUGAGCGCUCCCUGGCCUCCGCCUUCGCUAGGGAGCCGAAGGCGGAGACAGCGACACUGGCCAGGGGGAGGAAAGCGGACGCGUGUGGGCGAGGGGGACAACGCGAUGUCCACUGGCUCGGUGAGUGAUUCGGAGGACAUGGAGCUUCGGGGGCUGCAGCGAGAGUACUCGGUCCCCGCCUCCAAGAGGCCGCCCCUCCGCGGCGUAGAGCGCAGCUACGCCUCGCCCAGUGACAACUCAUCCGCUGAGGAGGAGGACCCCGACGGCGAGGAGGAGCGCUCCGCUCUGGGCGCAGGCGGCGGCGCGGGAGGCUGCAAGAGGAAGCGGCCCCGUGUGGCUGGGGGCGGCGGCGCAGGUGGAGGCGCGGGCGGUGGUGGCAAGAAGCCACUCCCGGCCAAGGGCUCAGCCGCCGAGUGCAAGCAGUCGCAACGGAACGCGGCCAACGCCCGCGAGCGCGCCCGGAUGCGCGUGCUGAGCAAAGCCUUCUCCAGGCUCAAGACCAGCCUGCCCUGGGUGCCCCCUGACACCAAGCUCUCCAAGUUGGACACGCUCCGGCUGGCUUCCAGUUACAUCGCUCACCUGCGGCAGCUGUUGCAGGAGGAUCGCUAUGAGAACGGCUACGUGCAUCCAGUGAACCUGACAUGGCCAUUCGUGGUCUCGGGACGACCGGACUCUGACACCAAAGAAGUUUCUGCAGCCAACAGACUAUGUGGAACCACCGCUUAAAUCGGACUGGAACUCACUUGAUGGGAUUAUUCGUUAAAUGCGAGCAUUCGGGGGCCAAGGAGAGAAGAGAGAGCGCGUGAGAUGGGAAGAAGCUGUUUCCGUUGGAUUCUCCUUGGCCCUUCCCCUGUCCCUGGAACUGUGAACCGGUGGCUGUCACGGCACAGCCCCAUGGCUACAGCUGCCACGGAUCUGGGCGACCACCCUUUGCCUCUCCAGAAAGAGCCUCCUUUCGUGUCGAGAGCGCGGGACGCAGGUUCACCCUCGGGCCCUGGCUCUGUAGACUAACCCUCGGCUGCCGCCCCCGCCCACGCCUGACAGCCCAGGGGUCCGUUCUCAGCGGAGCCAGAUUCAUCGCACACGUGAGGGACAGUUCCACACAGCCCGGGCAGUGCGCGGUGACACAAUGGUUAAGGAACGGUUAGAACGUGCUCUACAUCUGCUUUAAAGACAGAAGUCUAGACGUGAGAUCCGCGUCGGCCGGGACAAGGUUUUAAGUGGCAAAGAAGGGCGAGUGACCUCUCUGGGCCAGGUUUCCAUCCCAGCAUCGUGCCCUCCUAACGGGCUGGAGGAGGCCCGCUGCGCGUGGGGUGAGGUGAAGACACACUUCCCAGACCACUGCAGGCGGGUUUUGCCCGGCGCGCUUCGGGCCCUCGGGCCUCCCUGCCGGGUGGCCUCUUCAUUCCGGUCGCCUUCCCAAGCUCCCGGCUUUUUCUAAUGAGGCUCAGGCGACUGUCUACCCUCUUUACUUCUAAACUGGAGCCUCCCCAAGCUCCGACGCUCCAACCUGGCUGGGCCUCUUUCAGGGCUCCCUCUCGGCCCGUUCCUGCUCCUACAGCACCCCCGCUCCGACUCCAGACUCUCCUCGCAGCCCCCCC